UGAUUUUCAUCCUGAAUAAAAGAACCAUCAUAGCUGUAUUUGUUUAUUAAAUCUCCCUUGAUUACAAUUUUUACCUUUCCUCCCUGUUCAGCCUUCUUUCCUACGAGAUAUUAUCUAAAAGCUCUCCUGGACUCAAUUCUGAAAUGCAAAUUAAACUCUUUCUUUCUCUCAAAGGUGGGUCUGCCAGCAGAAUUCUCCCUGUCACGACAUUGUUCCCACUGGUGCCUCUGCUCCGGAUUACUUUUUUGUGAUGAAGGUAUCAAACAGGGGAGUGGACCAAACCACCUAUUGUGACUAUGCCUUGGAGUUCAUCGUCCACAUCCACGGCCUGCGCCUUAGCUAUACUAGGGCUCUCUAUCUAUUGGAGGUAUCGAUGGCCGUCAUCAUAGGUGUGCUCAUCCUAUACAUAGCGAUCCUUACCAUGGCUCCCACAUGCAAGAACUACUUCAGCAGACUCAUGAAGAGGAUGGAAGAAGCAUUGGCCUUUCGGACAGCAUCCAGCCUCACCUUCACCUCCUCAUUCACUAGCCAAUCGUCGCUGCACCGUAUUGCCUCCGAAGGGGUCCGAGGCAGCUUCGCCAAACCGUCCAAAUCAAAUGUACCGGAAGCCUCAGGGACACAAUAAGGCCAGCCAGCUAAUUUCCUGCGCUCCGCUGCCUAUGAUGUGAAGGGCUCUUCUUUUUCUUUCUGGAAGCAGAGGAUUUCUGGGAUGAGCAAGUGACUGUCAGCAUUGUGGCAAUUUGAUGACUAUUGGAGUCUUUGGGGAAAUGUGGGGGACUUGGGAGAUGGCCACAGCCUCCUUGAAAGUAAUCCCCAAAAGUUCAGCUGUGGAUCUUUGUACUACAUAAAACCGUCUCGGAGCAGGUCACAGGAGGCAUUCAAAGGAGUCAUAGGAAAUGUUCCAGAUGCCAUUGGUUCCCUUUAAAAUUAUUACGACUGUUUAGGACAGGCAUAGGCAAACUGCGUCCCUCCAGGUGUUGUGGACUUCAACUGCCACAAUUCAGAGUCGAAGCCCAAACAUCUGGAGGGCUAAAGUUUCCCUAUGCCUGAUCUAAGAGGUAACCUAUAAAAUCCAAUCUUUUAAAACCACAGCCAGAAAGGAAAAUUGUAUCUUUCCCUUUCUGUUCUAUUUACUGGUCUACUCAUUGAUAGUAUAACCGUACAUACAUUUCAUUUUCUUGCCUUGGUAUUUUCUUACACACUAUGGCCUGGCAUAGAAUUAUUCCCGACAGGAUUGAAUGGGUAAGAUUAUCUAUAUCUAUAUAUAUAAUAAAAGUGAAAUUGGAGUAUG